AUGCCUUCCGAAGACGAGAACAUCAAGUUCCUCUAUCUCAUCUUGACAAUCAACGGACCGCCUAACGCGUUGAUCAACUGGGACGCUGUUGGGUCCGCACUCAACCUCAAGAAAGGCGCAGUCACCAAACGCUGGUCGCGUCUCCAGAAGGCGAUCAAAGAUGGCACCAACCCAGGUCCCAGCGCUCAUGAGCUCCUCUGGUUGCUCGUGAAGCACACCAGCGGCGAAGCUGGCAAGUCAUUCGAUUGGAAGGUGAUCGCGGAGGCUUGCUAUACCACUCCUGGAGCGGCGUCGAAGCGCUUUUCCCGCCUCAAGCAGGCCCAAGCUGCUGGGACUUUAUUCACCAAGGACUCGGAGAACUCCAACGAGUCCGCAGCUACAAAGGGCGAGGCAGCAGGCAAGACGGCCGGUAUCUCAAAGCGCAAGAGGGACGACAGCGUGACUCCGACCGAUGCUGCUGAUGCCAUGCCCUCUCCGGGACAGGAUCACGUCGAGAAUGAACACAACGAGGACGACGAGGCUUCCCCGAAAAGCCCAAAGAAGCGCAAGGCGCCUGUGGCUAAGGCCAAAUCUCCCGCCAAGCCGAAGGCAAAUGGCGGUGCAGUCAAGGCUCUGAGGGCCCGCAAGACAACCAGGGUCCAGAAGGAGGUUGUCGAAGAAGAUGAUGGACAGCACCACCAGGACAAUGGACAGCGCCAGGACGUUGUCAUCAAGCAGGAGCAUCACGAGAGCCCUGCCCCCGAGCACGAGCACGAAGCAGCAGAGGGCCUGGAGCACACUUUCAUGCCGCUAUCCUACUACCAGAAUCCCGUCCCGCAAAAUGACUUGUCAGCUGGCUGGAGAGUGUCGAACCAGAGCAAUGAGUACAACGUCUACUCCACCUAUGAUCGUCUCCCUGGCUACGGCGUUCCAGCCGAUGUUGCUCGGAACAUUUUCGGGGACGUUGUCUGA